AUGAUUACCACACUUGUGCCGCGAAAUGCGUGGCUUGCACGAAAAAUGGCCUCGCGAGGCUCUAGAAUUGCGGUAGCAAGCAUCGGUUUGAGUUCGGGCCGCUGGAACGGCUCGAGUAACGGAGUUCGUAGCUAUUAUGAAAAAAGUGGGAACUAUUCGAACAGAAAUUCCAGAAACUCUAGAGGCGGCUUCUCUAGAGACGGGGGAUACAGGAAAAGCGGCGAUGUUCGCCGUGGUAGAAGAUCAGACGAGUCCGUUGAUGAAGCAGCAUCGUUACUGAAGUCGUCCAGAAUCAGCAACAUCGUACAGGUGCCUUUGGAGGAAAACGCACAGGAUAUCACUCUUGACGCGCUGCACGAAGAAGGCAUCAUUCAAAAAGAGCUCCACAAAGCGGUUGAACGCAUGAAUUUCGCCAGUUUGACGCCUGUGCAGCAGAAAACCAUUAAACCCAUUCUCAAAACCGAAGACGACGUUAUCGCGCGCGCGAAGACCGGAACGGGUAAGACUCUGGCGUUCCUCAUUCCGAUCUUUGAACAUCUACUCAAGACUCGGAAGGAAUCACCCUACAUGGUCAAAUGUGUUAUUGUGGCCCCAACCAGAGAUCUGGCUUUGCAGAUCGACUCCGAGAUUUUGAAACUACAGAAAAAUAACUAUGCUUUGAAAAAAUUUGGCUCCAUUGCCUUGAUUGGAGGUAGUAACUUCCAGGCUGCAGUAAAAAAAAUGUUCAAAGAUCGCCCCAAUAUUGUGGUGGCGACCCCGGGACGUCUCAUCGACGUGCUGUCGAAAUUCUCCAACCAGUUUUUCAAACAUGUUGAUUUCAAAGUCCUUGACGAAGCCGACAGACUACUGGAAAUUGGGUUUGACGAAGAUUUACGCAAUAUUUCUAGUACUCUCAAUGGGUUAAAUGAAACAGGUCCAGAACACAUAAGAACCUUAUUGUUUUCGGCGACUUUGGGUGACAAUGUUCAAAAGCUCGCGGGCGGAAUUAUGAAUCGCGAACAAUGCUUGUUCAUAGAUACCGUGAACAAAAAUGAGCCUGAGGCACACGAAAAAAUCGACCAAACACUGGUGAUUUCAGAAACAUUUGCCCAUAACAUGUACGCUCCUAUUUCGGCCAUUAAAGCUCGUCUUGACAGCAAAGCCCCUCUCAAAGCUAUUCUUUUUGUUCCUACAGUCAAAUUUACGAAAUUCUACAGUAAUGUGUUGCAGAGAAUGUUUCCAUCUUUGCCCGUACACGAAUUUCACGGUAAAUUGGAUCAGAAAAAGAGAACGAGAAUGGUACAAGUUUUCAAACGUGCUGAAGAAGGUAUCUUUGUUUGUACAGAUGUUGGCGCCCGUGGUAUGGAUUUCCCCGAUGUAGAGGAAGUCUACCAAGUGGGUGUUCCUUCUGAGAUCUCUAAUUACAUUCACCGCAUUGGAAGAACAGCUCGUGGUGGGAAGGAAGGUAAGGCUUCGAUAUAUCUAUUCAAAGACGAGCUUUCCUUCAUGGACGCUCUGGCCGCCGAAAAAAACGUUAAUGUCAACAAUCAGCGGGACUUCAUUCCCAGCGAGAGUGACGCCGCAGAAUUUCAAAGCUGCUUGCGGGAUGAGUUCCUUUUCUCCGAGGGUCUAGAGUCUAUGCUCUCGUUUUAUAAGAAUUGCGAACAGGCCUAUGGGUUCCGCAUGCCCAAGAUUGCACGUCAGAUAGCCAACGCUUAUGGUGAGGGUUUACUUGACACUACUCAAAAGCUUCGGGUUAGUCGCGACACUGCCAGCAUGAGAUACGGGCUGAGGGGUAGGAUUGUUGAAGAGAUUUUCGACUGCGGCGCUCCAAGGCGCAGAGAUUCGUACGACGAUAGCGAGGGCAAUUCCAGAUACAACAAUCGCGAUAGGUUUGAGUCUCGUGGCAAAAAUUAUAAAGAAACACGCGGUCGUUGGGACUCAAAAAAGGACAAUAGACGGUACGAUGAUAGACGUGCUCGCUCGAGCUACGGUGGCCACAAUCCCAGGUUAGAAUAA